CUUUGAAACCCGGCUCGUGCAGCUCACGUGUCCUGUAACUUAUACACUGUUUCGCCUUACUUAGAUCACCAACAGAUUGAUUCUCACCUAAUGUGAUUUGACAAUCGAAGAAUACAAUGGAUGAAGUAUUGACGUCAAUCAAGAAUCAAGAUGAUGGAUUAAAUCUAUGGGGAACUGUUGAGAAACUACCCAUGAAGGACGUCAUAGCAUGGCAUGAUUCAAACCAUUUUGAUUUUCUCCACCAUGCUAUUAUCCACAAUAACGUCAUCGCUGUUGGUACCUUCUUGACUCGUGGUUACUUCAAAUCGCUCCAGGAGCCAAAUAUAUAUCCCUAUCAGCAUGUCGCCUGUUUAUUAGGAUUUAAAACUAUAUUAACUAUGUUCCUGCAGGAACGGCAAUUCGAUGACAAAAUUUUACAUAAAUCUUAUUUUAAACAACUGUGCAGAAGUUUACGAAUAUCCUUGAGUUCCGAGACCACGAAUCAUAACACUGAUAUUCACUCAACAACACGUGAUCAGCUCUCUGUACUUGAUGUUGCUUCCCUUGCCGGUCACAUUGGCUGUGUUAAGACCAUUUUAGACUUCCGCCAAUUAAAGGGAUAUAUCGGCUUAAAACAAAGAGGCGAUUAUUUUUCCUUGGCAUGUUAUAGCAAUUCUCCCAACUCCCUAAAACUACUUCUACAAGAAAGAGCAGGGGAUGCAAAUUUGGAGGAUUCUGUUAAGAUUUCUUUGGUUAAAAUGCAAGUUGAAUGUCUUGAUUGUUUAUUAAGUCAUGGGGUUAGGACCGAAUCUCUAUAUGGCGGCAUGAAUCUAUUUCAUGUCUUAUACUCCUACGUUUAUGCUUUCGAAAAAGAACAAUUUACGAGUUUAGCUAAAAUGACAUCGUUGAUUUUGAAGUAUGGCUUUGAUGUAAAAGCGUGUGUACCUUCGAGAACAUAUCCACUGUAUAGUUUCAUUGAUAAAUAUUUUGGACCGGAAGACAUUGAGAUCAAAGGGAAUGGCAUUUUACAUUGUCUCAAAUUAUUAUUAGAGGCAGGCGCCGAUCCCAAUUUUAAUGAAGUUAUCAUGGAAAAUGGCAUUUUUGGAGGUGCUUUCGGAAGGGAACCGUUUUCCUCUGCCUUUCAUGCAUUUUUAAGUCGUUAUGUACAAUUCAGUUUGAAGAAAGGUGAAGAAACAGAAUAUAGAGGCCUUCCAGAUUUUUUCUUCAAUAUGUGCCAACAGCUUCUACAGAACGGGGCGGGCCCAAACUAUCGUGCCAUAUUUGGAACUCCAGAACAGGAAAUAUCUGUUUUUCAAGCAGCGUGUUUAUGUUCCAUGAAUGUAGAAAAUGACAAUAGAAUUAUAAAACUGUUUCUACAAUACGGUGGUGACCCGAAUGGUUCUGGAUUUUCUAUCAAAUCACUACUAGAUUGGCAUAUUACAUUAAACGCCUUGGAAUAUGAAACGGUAGAACUGUUAAAUAUGUUGUUAUGCACAAUGUCUCAUGCUAACUACCGACAAUCAAUAAAAGAAAUCAUGGAUUCAGCUAACAUGGAUAUAUUCCUCCCAAAUUUAGUCCAGUCUGUGAAUAAUGAGUCGAUUACAGUAUGGACAUUAAAAAGAUUUUGCUGUCUCUUUAUUUUGAAUUCUUGUCAAAGAUCAUCAAUGAAAGUGAAUUCUCUACCGGUGCCAGAAAAUGUAAAGAAGCAGAUUUUUCCUUUUUAUUAA